UUGAAAACGCACUUGGGUGUUGUCCGGCUUGAUGAUUGUAACAACGCUAACGUAAUGAUCAAACAGUUUUAUUUGAUUUUCUGACUGAUACAUUACGUUCUUAUUAUUAGUAGCAAUAUUAAAAUAGCUAUGAAAUUAUGAUGAGUGGUUUCGUGUAUUAUUUCUUUGUGUUGCUUUGCUAUAGCAUUACGAAAUCGGAUGCAGACUCAGUAAGAUAUUAUUACGACUACGAAUGUAAUGAGCCACUGGUUGCCAACUCUAAGUUGACUGCCACUUCCAGCCUUAGAGACAGGGGACCUGAGAAUGCUAAGUUAUUUGGUUUGAACGCUUGGACGGCUUCGGAGAAUGACUUCGACCAGCAGCUGGUCAUUGACCUGGGUAGCGUAAAGAACAUAACGCGGGUGGCGACGCAGGGCCGCGCGCAUUCGCAGGAGUUCGUCCAGGAGUAUCAUAUCAGCUAUGGCUCCAACGGACUUGAUUACGUUCAGUAUAAGGCCGCCGGCGGAGAAGUCAAGAUGUUCGAAGGCAACCACGACGGCAAUACGGUGCAGAAGAACGAAUUCGAAGUGCCCAUCAUUGCACAGUUCAUUCGGAUAAACCCCAUGAGAUGGCGGGACAAGAUCUCCAUGAGAGUCGAGGUCUAUGGAUGCGAUUAUGUUGCGGAUACCCUCUACUUCAACGGAACAUCCUUAGUCAAGAUGGAUCUCCUACGUGACCCCAUCUCUGCCUCCAGGGAGGUCAUCCGCUUCAGAUUCAAGACCAGUACAGCAUCAGGCGCGCUCAUGUACUCCCGGGGUACGCAGGGAGACUACCUGGCUUUGCAGCUCAGGGAUAACAGACUUGUGCUCAAUAUUGAUUUGGGAUCCGGUACAUCAACGUCCCUAUCAGUGGGCAGCCUACUAGACGACAAUAUCUGGCACGAUGUGGUGAUCUCCCGCAACCGACGCUCCGUCAUCUUCUCAGUGGACCGCGUUAUAGUGCAGGAUCGCAUCAAGGGAGAGUUCUCCAGGCUUAACUUGAAUAGGGCUUUCUACAUAGGCGGCGUGCCCAACUUCCAAGAAGGUUUAGUAGUGAACCAGAACUUCACGGGCUGCAUCGAGAACAUGUACCUCAACGCCACCAACGUCAUCCAGGACCUGAAGCAAGGGUACGAGGCGGGGGAGCCUUUCAAAUUCCAGAAAGUUAACACGCUUUAUGCUUGCCCUGAACCCCCAGUGGUACCAAUAACGUUCCUAAAGGAGGGAUCAUACGCGAAGCUGCGCGGCUACUCGGGCGGCAACACGCUGAACAUCUCGCUGGAGUUCCGCACCUACGAGCUGCACGGCCUGCUCAUAUACCACAAGUUUAAUACUGACGGAUAUGUUAAGGUAUACAUAGAAGAAGGCAGAGUAAAAGUAGAACUAGAAACCCCAGGUUCCCCUCGGGUCAAGUUGGACAACUAUGCUGAAGAAUUCAACGAUGGUCGUUGGCACUCCUUACUCCUCACAAUGGCUACUGAUAGCCUAACUCUAGCCGUUGAUUAUAGGCCCGUGAAGACUUUGAAGAAACUUAGGUUUAUGACUGGAAGCACUUACUAUAUUGCUGGUGGUAAGGCGCCGCCGCGUGGGUUCGUGGGCUGCAUGCGCAAGAUCGCGGUGGACGGCAACUACCGCCUGCCCACCGACUGGAAGAAAGAGGAGUACUGCUGUCCCAAUGAGGUCGUGUUCGAUGCCUGCCAGAUGAUUGAUAGAUGUAACCCGAACCCGUGCGAGCACGGCGGCGUGUGCUCGCAGACGGCGGACGAGUUCAGCUGCAACUGCCAGGCCACGGGGUAUGCCGGCGCCGUCUGCCAUACUUCCGUGCACCCGCUAUCGUGUCAGGCGUACAAGAACGUGCAAGCUGUCUCCCGGUCAGCCGACAUACACAUCGACGUGGACGGGUCGGGUCCAUUGCCAGCGUUCCCCGUCACCUGCGAGUUCUAUUCGGACGGUCGCAUAAUCACAGCAGUGCAGCACUCGGCAUCGCAGAACACGGUGGUGGACGGGUACCAGGAGCCGGGCAGCUUCCGCCAGGACAUCGUGUACGAGGCGUCGCGGCCGCAGCUCGAGGCGCUGCUCAACCGCUCGCACUCCUGUCUGCAGCACCUCGAGUACAUGUGCAAGCAUUCCAGGCUGCUCAACUCGCCCAGCGAGGAGUCGUCGUUCCACCCGUUCGCGUGGUGGGUGUCCCGCUCGGGGCAGCGCAUGGACCACUGGGCCGGGGCCCCGCCCGGCUCGCGCAUGUGCCAGUGCGGGGUGCUGGGCGCCUGCGCAGACCCCACCAAGUGGUGCAACUGCGACGCCGAGCAUAUGAAGCCCGAUGAAUUCCAAGUCGACGGCGGUGAGAUCACUGAGAAAGAAUUCUUGCCGGUGAAACAACUACGCUUCGGCGACACUGGGUCGCAUCUCGACGAGAAAGAGGGACGGUAUACACUCGGACCUCUGCUGUGUGAAGGAGACGAUCUAUUCAGCAACGCGGUAACGUUCCGCAUCUCGGACGCGGUGAUCACGCUGCCGAUGUUCGACCUCGGACACAGCGGCGACAUCUACUUCGAGUUCAAGACUACUAAGGAAAAUGCUGUGCUUUUGCAUUCUAAGGGUCCCCAAGACUACAUAAAGCUAUCCAUCAUCGGCGGAGAUCAGCUGCAGUUCCAGUUCCAAGUGGGAGACACUCCGCUCGGCGUGUCCGUGGAGACCAGCAACCGACUGGCUGAUAACAACUGGCAUUCUGUUAGCAUUGAGAGGAACAGGAAAGAAGCCCGCGUAGUAGUAGACGGAGCCCUGAAGAACGAGAUCCGCACGGCCAAGGAGCCGGUGCGAGCCCUGCACCUCACCACGGGGCUGGUGCUGGGCGCGGCGCUGGACCGCAAGGACGGCUUCGUGGGCUGCGUGCGGGCGCUGCUGCUCAACGGCAGGCCCGUCGAUCUCAGGAGCUAUGCGCAGAGAGGACUGUACGGCAUCUCCGAAGGUUGCGUGGGCAAGUGCCAGUCGUCACCCUGCCUCAACAACGGCACGUGCCUCGAGGGCUACGACUCGUACUCCUGCGACUGUCGCUGGACAGCAUUCAAGGGUCCUAUUUGUGCUGAUGAAAUCGGCGUGAACCUCCGUCCGAACUCGAUAAUAAAGUACGACUUCCUCGGCUCGUGGCGUUCCACCAUCGCCGAGAAGAUCCGCGUCGGCUUCACCACCACUAAUCCUAAGGGAUUCUUACUCGGAUUCUAUUCUAACAUCUCUGGGGAAUAUCUUACUCUGCAGGUCUCGAAUUCUGGUCAUCUUAGAGUAGUAUUCGACUUCGGGUUCGAGCGGCAGGAGAUAGUGUUCCAGGGCAAGCACUUCGCGCUCGGCCAGUACCACGACAUCCGCCUCUCCAGGAAGAACGGCGGCGCCACCAUGCUGUUACAGGUGGACAACUACGAGACUCAAGAAUACAACUUCAACAUCAAAGACUCAGCCGACGCCCAGUUCAACAACAUUCAGUACAUGUACAUCGGCCGCAACGAGUCCAUGAGCGAAGGCUUCGUGGGCUGCGUCAGUCGAGUGGAGUUCGACGAUAUAUACCCGCUCAAGUUGCUGUUCCAGCAGGACCCGCCGCCUAAUGUUAGGAGUUUGGGAGGUGGUGUACUAAACGAGGACUUCUGCGGUGUAGAACCUGUCACCCACCCGCCCGAGCGCGUGGAGACGCGUCCCCCGCCAGACCUCGACCUGCAGCGGGACCUCGACCUGCACAACACCGACGAGGCCAUCCUCGGCACUGUACUGGCGUUCAUAUUCCUGCUACUGAUUAUCGUGGCCAUUGUGUUGGUUCGAGCGCUCUCAAGGCAUAAGGGAGAAUACCUCACACAGGAGGAGCGUGGCGCGGACGGCGCGGCGGACCCGGACGCGGCGGCGCUGGCGGCCGCCACCGGCCCGCGCGUCACCAAGCGCAGGGAGUUCUUCAUAUAGGACACCCCCACUGCUGUACCUACUCGACUCGCUAAACGAUAUUGUGAAAAUCUACGAGUUCGCCUGGACUUCACACCCAGUAAAACUAGGCGUAUUUUCCAGAUAUAUGUAGCUAUACUGACUUGUAUUCAUAACGUCUUAAAUCGACGCCACGUUGAGAAUACAUAUGUGUGAUAAUUUCCAACAGUUGUGAACACUAUACAGGCCGACUGUAGGUGGUUGUUCCCCAUCCCCAUACUCCACCAGUACAAUAUGGUGUCGAAUUCAUGCCGUCAUGAAUACUGGCAAAUACUAUAUUACCUUGCCCCAUACAAAUUAUUAUCAGCAGCAACUAUAACAUAAACAACUAUUAUAUUUUACAAUAGCUCAAAAAAAUACUGCCUGAUGAACUUAUAAAUGCCAUAGUAAACAAAAUAAAACAUAAAAUGCUACAUAUAAAUCCACAGAACAAAAUAUAUCCACUUCAAUAACCAUUAAAAAUAUAUUUGACUUAAAUCUACGUUACACUGGAACUUAUAAAAAUUACGAAUCGUAUUCUAAAAAUGAAACUAGUACAACAAAAAACAUUUCUAAAGACAAUAUAUCAGUAUUCCAACGUCAUUAUAUGACUUAAAAUUCUUUCGAAAUGUAAAAAUGCGUAAUAUAUCAAAUUAAACAUUUUUUAUUGUAUACGGCUAUACUCACGCGCAGCUAUCCGACUCGCUUCACAGAGAAAUAAGAAAUAAAAUUGCGAAAACUGCAAGCUCCAUAUUUUGACAAAGUUUGAUAACCUUUGCAAUCAGUAUGACAUUUCUUAUCAUUGAAAACAAAACAAAAUUUUAGGUCAAAAUGACUUUA